ACACACAAACAUACAAUCUUAAUGUAUGCUGCUGCUACUCUGUUCAUCAUAUAUCCUGAUGCCUAGUCACAUUACACCUAAACAUAUCUACCUCUUUCAGUCUAGUAUCCCUGCCCAUUGUAGAUAUCUUAUUGGAACUGACCCUGUAUAUAGCUUCUUUCUCAUGUUCUUGUUCUAGCUGAUGUUGUUUUUAGUACUACAUAUUGAUGACCUCAUUGUUGGGUUUACUGUACUUGUGCACAUAAGAUUACAACUUCAAACAGAAUUUUCUUUCAUUUGUAUAAUUAUGUAAGGGGAAACGAAACUGUUGUAAGAUUGUUACACUGAAAAAAAAAAAAAGUUUAUUUUGCAGUUCUGUACAACUCAUGACACUUGAGAAAGAUUACAGUGACUAUAUCGACUUGAAUAAUUGUGUGCAGCUUGAUCGGAAACUCUGUCAGUGGAGGCUGGUGGGAUGAGCUAUAGGAGUACGGGCUCAUUGUAAUGGUUGGAAUGGAAUAAAUGCAACAGUAUCAAACCCAUCAAACAUCUGGAAACCACAUGUUUGACUCUGUUCCUUUUAAUUCCAUUCCAGCCAUUACAAUGAGCCCACCCUCCUAUAGCCACCAGCCUCCACUGGUGUGUGUGGAUGUUGCAGGGUUAGCUAUAACAAUGUGAUAACAGUGUGUCUAAUGCGACUGGUGUGAAUAGAGGAGGGAGCGCAAAGUGGAUUUGGAAUAGUAGGCUGCUGGCGCCGAAGCGCUGGAUAAGGCUCUUUGAUUUGACCUGGAUUUUUUUCUCUAGGUGCUACUGCUGAUCCAUCAAGAUAGCUAAUCUAAUCGGGCAAAUCCUUCUUUAACAUCACGUAGGUUAAUGGAGAAGAGUUGUUUCAAUAAACUUUGACCAAGGAAGCCAAGUGCUGGACCCCUGGAUAACGGAAAAGAGCGUUGGGAAAUUUGACACUUGUUUGAUUAUUCAAAUUCGGUCAACACAGUUGAUCAACUUUAAGUAGCCUAGCGUGUUUGAUAUAAAAAAGUUGAUUCAAUCAAAAUAGGAGGAGGACUCUUACAAUGAGCAAAGUUAUCAGCACCACAUUUUCUGUGGUUUUAUUAUUUUUUGUUUCGUUGGUCUGUGGCAUAUUCAUUACGACGAUUGUGUUGCAAAACGUUUCACAAACGGAAGCAAAAGGAACAUAAAGGGGCGGGACAAACAUUAAUUUGUCCAAUAGAAACUAUCGUUUUUGUUGCAAAACGCAUUUUUGUGGACUAAUAUUUACACCCCUGGUUUGGUCAUGCACUUGCAUUGUGCUGUUGUAGCCCACGGGGCAUGAAAACAUCCCGUGAGGAAGGGAGACACGAUGGCACUUUGCAGGGGAAGGAAUCGGUCAGAGUUGAUAGUUUGCCUGUUCGGGGCUUCUAUAGUGGGAUAUUAUAUUUUUAUCAGGCAUAAUAAUCCAGGUGACAUAGGUGGAACAAGCAUAAGAGAAGUUCCCACUGAGCAGGAUAUUGGAAAUGAAUUGCUUAAAAAGCCUGUUUAUGACAAACCGCCGUUGGACUUAAAUGCCUUAGGAGAACUGGGCAGAGCUGUCAAAUUGAACCUCGUUGGAGAGGAGAAGAAAAACGAAGAGGAAAGUAUUAAGAAGCACCAGAUUAAUACCUAUGUGAGUGAUAUGAUAUCUCUCCACCGCAGCCUACCUGAAAGAUGGAAUCCUCUUUGUAAGGACCUGAAGUAUGACUACAGGUCGUUGCCAUCUACCUCAGUGGUGAUCGCCUUCUACAACGAGGCGUGGUCCACGCUGCUACGCACUGUUCACAGUGUCCUGGAGACAUCACCUAACUUACUGCUACGAGAGGUGGUGCUGGUGGACGACUAUAGUGACAGAGCUCAUUUGAAGGAGCCGUUGGAAAACUACAUCUCCAGCCUGAAGAAGGUGCGUCUGAUCCGGGCCAGGAAGAGGGAGGGCCUGGUGCGGGCCAGGCUCCUGGGGGCCUCCAUUGCCACGGGUGACGUGCUGACCUUCCUGGACUGCCACUGUGAAUGUCACGAGGGCUGGCUGGAGCCGCUGCUCCACAGGAUAAAGGAGAAGCCAUCGGCUGUGGUCUGUCCCGUCAUCGAUGUCAUCGACUGGAACACUUUUCAGUAUCUAGGCAACUCUGGGGAACCCCAUAUCGGAGGAUUUGAUUGGCGGCUGGUCUUCACCUGGCACCCGGUGCCAGAGUACGAGCAGAAACACAGACGCUCUGCCAUUGAUGUCAUCAGGUCUCCUACUAUGGCUGGUGGGCUGUUUGCUGUCAGUAAGAACUAUUUCCAUUACCUGGGCACGUAUGACACAGGCAUGGAGGUGUGGGGAGGAGAGAACCUAGAGUUCUCAUUCAGGAUCUGGCAGUGCGGGGGCAGCCUGGAGAUCCACCCCUGCUCCCACGUGGGCCACGUCUUCCCCAAGAACGCCCCCUACUCGCGGAGCAAGGCCCUGGCCAACAGCGUGCGUGCUGCCGAGGUCUGGAUGGACGAGUACAAGGAGUUGUACUACCACCGUAACCCCCACGCUCGCCUGGAGGCCUUUGGGGAUGUGACAGACAGGAGGAAGCUCAGGACCCAGUUAGGAUGUAACGACUUCAAGUGGUACCUGGAGAACAUCUAUCCUGAUAUCCACGUUCCUGAGGACAGGCCUGGRACAUUUGGAAUGCUGAAGAACAGAGGCAUGUCCAGCUACUGCUUUGACUACAAUCCUCCUGACGACCAUAACCUGGUGGGCCACCGAAUCAUCCUCUACCCCUGUCAUGGCAUGGGACAAAACCAGUUCUUUGAGUACUCCAGUAAGAGAAGUGAGAUCCGCUAUAACACCAGGGACCCAGCAGGGUGCGCUGUGGGGGACGCCGUCUCCACUUACCUGACUGUGCACCUGUGCAAGAAUCCCCGGCAGCCUGUGCCACAGGACCAGAAGUUUGUCCUCAGAGAGGACGGCACCCUUUACCACAUGAUGACCGAGAAGUGUGUCCAGGCCGUGGACAAGACGGACAAUGGCAGCCGUGCCCCCGCCCUGCGGCCCUGCUCGAACCACGCCAACCAGAAGUGGUUCUUUGAGGAGAGGGGGGCAUAAUGGAGCGAGCCAGACAAAAUCUCUAACACUGGGGAGGAGGGCCAACCAAACCCAUAUCUUGUAGUUGAGGGAGAGGGCUGGAGGCCCCAAGACCCAUACUCAGGUCCAGUGUCCCUAUGCUGUGGAGAUAGCCUGGGUCGCAUUCACUAGGAACUAAACAGAAAAACACUUGCCGAAACRGGGAGGUACUAAUUGAAUUAGUGCAAUUGGAAUCACUUGUUUUUGUUUUCUAUUGCACACUGUUUUGAAUCGUUGUGCCCUAAUGAAUAUUACCCAAGUCAGUCGAAGGAGGAACCGCUAUCUUACCUCCUGUAUCUAUGCACAACGUGUACUUGCUCGACAACGUUUGAUAUUUGAUAUUAACACAUACCACAUAUCUGCUUCUCCAAUCUUUUUAUUAAAUCUUUUUAACAUUG